CGGACCGACCGACUGAAUUUUGCUUGUUUUGACCCUCUCCUUUAUGAUCACCUCGAUAUUCUGAAUGUGAACACUUUAUUUCAGUCCCCACAAUGUAAAUAACCCCCCUAUAAUAUGAACGUUGAUAGCUAGCGCCACCUAGUAUUGAGUUAACACUAUGCAUCCAAUUGGUUAAUUUUAUGAUUGGCUAGAAAAAGAGAAAGGGACAAUGGACACAAUCAAUAUCAUAUGUGAAUAGAACAAUGAAUGAAUGUUUUUUUUUGUUUUUCAACGAUUAUUUAUUAUAAACUGUAACUAGUCGUCAUGAACUUCACCAUCAUUUAACAAAUGAGACGAACCAGCUGAUAAAUUAUUAUCGAUCAAUGGAAUUACCAAUGAAGAUGCAAAUAGUAAUGAAGAUCAACAAAAUGAUGAUUUACCAAGUGAAGAACCACCAUCAUUAUCUGAAUGUUUACACCUGGUUCGUCGUCUUCGUCUUUUCUCAACAAUGCACCAACCAGAUUUAAAUUCUUUCAUCAUUCAAUUACAAUCUAAAUUAACUGAUGCAUUACUUGAUUCUAGUUUAUCAAAACAAAGAUCAAUUACAGAUUAUUUCAAAUAUUCACCUGUUGAAGUUCAUAAAAAUCUUAUGAAAUGA